AUGACUCUCCAGGCUGACUUUGAUGGUGCUGCGGAAGAUGUAAAAAAAUUAAAAACAAGACCAACUGAUGAAGAACUGAAGGAACUAUAUGGAUUCUACAAACAGGCUACUGUUGGAGAUAUUAAUAUUGAAUGUCCAGGAAUGUUAGAUUUGAAAGGCAAAGCCAAAUGGGAAGCAUGGAACCUGAAGAAAGGUUUAUCCAAGGAGGACGCCAUGAAUGCCUAUAUCUCUAAAGCAAAAGCAAUGGUAGAAAAAUACGGGAUCUAGAAUAAUCAAAAUAAUUCCCACUAAUAACUAACGCUUCAUUAGCUACUGAACUAACUCUGUUGAGAAAAAGCACUACUAACUCCUUAUUGUGUAUUCUGACAGUAAAAUCUUUUAAGCAUAAGCUGUUUGACUGUAAAGGGUAUUUACAUACAUACUCUAUAUUUAGAUUGUAUCUUAUUCUAAAUAAAUUUGAAUCUAAUAAAU